CCGGCCACCUGCGCCACCCGGGCGGCCCGCGGCCGCCGCGCCUCGCCGCCGCCGCCGCCGCCGCCGCCGCCGGGCGGUGCCUGGGAAGCCGUGCGCGUCCCCCGGCGGCGGCAGCAGCGGGAGACGAGGGGCGCCGCGGAGGAGCCGAGCCCGCCGAUCCGGGCGCUCUAUUUCAGCGGGCGAGGCGAGCAGCUGCGCCUGCGGGCCGACCUCGAGCUGCCCCGGGACGCGUUCACGCUGCAAGUGUGGCUGCGAGCGGAGGGGGGCCAGAGCUCUCCGGCGGUGAUCACAGGGCUAUAUGACAAAUGUUCUUAUGCCUCACGUGACCGAGGAUGGGUCGUGGGCAUUCACACCGUCAGUGACCAAGGCAACAGAGACCCACGCUACUUUUUCUCCUUGAAGACAGACCGGGCCCGGCAAGUGACCACCAUCAAUGCCCACCGCAGCUACCUCCCAGGCCAGUGGGUACACCUGGCUGCCACCUACGACGGGCGGCUGAUGAAGCUCUAUGUGAACGGUGCCCAGGUGGCAACCUCUGGGGAGCAGGUGGGUGGCAUUUUCAGCCCACUGACCCAGAAGUGUAAAGUCCUCAUGCUGGGAGGCAGCGCCCUGAACCACAACUACCGGGGCUACGUGGAGCGCUUCAGCCUGUGGAAGGCGGCCAGGACGCAGCGCGAGGUCCUGCUGGACAUGGAGACCCGCGGCCUCCACGCUCCUCUACCUCAGCUCCUCCUGCAGGAGAACUGGGACAACGUGAAGCGCGCCUGGUCCCCCAUGAAGGACGGCAGUAGCCCCCGCGUGGAGGCCAGCAGCGCCCGUGGCUUCCUGCUGGACACGAGUCUGGAGCCUCCUCUGUGCGGGCAGACGCUGUGUGACAACCCCAAGGUCAUCUCCAGCUACAACCAGCUGCCGCGUUUCCGCCGGCCCAAGGCGGUGCGCUACCGCGUGGUCAACCUCCACGACGAUGGCCGCGAGAACCCCACGGUGAGCCGCCAGCAGAUCGAUUUCCAGCACCGGCAGCUGGCCGAGGCCUUCAAGCACUACAACAUCUCCUGGGAGCUGGAGGUGCUGGAGGUGAGCAACUCAUCCCUGCGCCGCCGCCUCAUCCUGGCCAACUGCGACAUCAGCAAGAUCGGGGACGAGAACUGCGACCCCGAGUGCAACCACACGCUGACCGGCCACGAUGGCGGGGACUGCCGCCACCUGCGCCACCCCGCCUUCGCCAAGAAGCAGCAGAACGGGGUGUGCGACAUGGACUGCAAUUACGAGCGNUUCAACUUCGACGGCGGGGAGUGCUGUGACCCCGAGAUCACCGAUGUCACCAAGACCUGCUUCGAUCCCGACUCUCCGCACAGAGCAUACUUGGAUGUUAAUGAGCUGAAGAACAUUCUUAGACUGGAUGGAUCAACACACCUCAAUAUCUUCUUUGCAAACUCCUCGGAGGAGGAAUUGGCAGGAGUAGCAACUUGGCCGUGGGACAAGGAGGCCCUAAUGCAUUUAGGUGGCAUUGUCUUGAAUCCAUCUUUCUAUGAUGGCAUUCCUGGGCACACCCACACCAUGAUCCAUGAGAUCGGGCACAGCCUGGGCCUCUAUCACAUCUUCCGAGGCAUCUCGGAAAUCCAAUCUUGCAGUGACCCCUGCAUGGAGACAGAGCCCUCCUUUGAGACCGGAGACCUCUGCAGUGACACCAACCCAGCCCCAAAGCACAAGUUCUGCGGUGACCCGGGGCCAGGGAACGACACCUGUGGCUUUAACAGCUUCUUAAACACUCCGUACAGCAACUUCAUGAGCUAUGCAGAUGACGACUGCACUGACUCCUUCACGCCCAAUCAAGUCGCCAGAAUGCACUGUUACCUGGACCUGGUGUACCAGAGCUGGCAGCCCUCCAGGAAGCCGGCGCCUGUCGCCCUUGCCCCCCAGAUCGUGGGCCACACGACCGGCUCUGUGAUGCUGGAGUGGUUCCCGCCCAUCGACGGCCACUUCUUUGAAAGUAUUCGAAGGUCCGGAGCCUGUGCGCCGCAACAGUGAGAGGGUCAUCCAGAUGUUGAACAACCCUGUAAGUCCAGUGUCCGCACCUGGAGCCCAAAUUCAGCUGUCAACCCACACACAGUCCCUCCAGCCUGCCCUGAGCCACAAGGCUGCUACCUUGAACUGGAAUUCCACUACCCCUUGGUCCCUGAGUCUUUGACCAUCUGGGUGACCUUCGUGUCCACUGACUGGGACUCCAGUGGGGCUGUCAAUGACAUCAAACUGUUGACUGUCAGUGGGAAGAACAUCUCCCUGGGCCCUCAGAACGUCUUCUGUGAUGUCCCACUGACCAUCAAACUCCGGGAUGUGAGCGAGAAGGUGUUUGGCAUCCAGAUCUACACGUUGGAUGAGCACUUGGAGAUAGAUGCGGCCAUGUUGACCUCUGUUGCAGACACCCCACUCUGCCUGGAGUGUAAGCCCUUGCAGUACAAGGUGGUCCGGGAUCCUCCUCUCCAGGUGGACGUGGCCUCCACCCUACACUUCAAUAGAAGAUUCACAGACAUGGAUCUAAAUCUUGGCAGUGUGUACCAGUACUGGGUCAUCACUAUUUCAGGAAACGAAGAGAGUGAGCCAUCACCUGCUGCCACUUACAUCCAUGGAAGUGGGUACUGCGGUGAUGGCAUCAUCCAGAAAAGCCAAGGUGAAGAAUGUGAUGACAUGAAUAAGAUCAAUGGGGAUGGCUGCUCCCUUUUCUGCCGACAGGAAGUUUCCUUCAAUUGCAUCGAUGAACCCAGCCGGUGCUAUUUCCAUGACGGUGAUGGGGUAUGUGAGGAGUUUGAACAAAAAACUAGCAUCAAAGACUGUGGUGUCUACACGCCCCAGGGGUUCCUGGAUCAAUGGGCAUCCAACGCUUCCGUAUCCCAUCAAGACCAGCAGUGCCCCGGCUGGGUCAUCAUCGGCCAACCAGCAGCAUCCCAGGUGUGUCGAACCAAGGUGAUAGAUCUCAGUGAAGGCAUUUCCCAGCAUGCCUGGUACCCUUGCACCAUCAGCUACCCGUACUCCCAGCUGGCUCAGACCACUUUCUGGCUCCGGGCGUACUUUUCUCAGCCAAUGGUUGCUGCGGCUGUCAUUGUCCACCUGGUGACCGAUGGGACCUAUUAUGGGGAUCAAAAGCAGGAAACCAUCAGCGUCCAGCUGCUUGACACCAAAGACCAGAGCCACGAUCUAGGCCUCCAUGUUCUGAGCUGCAGGAACAAUCCCCUGAUUAUCCCUGUGGUCCACGACCUCAGCCAGCCCUUCUACCACAGCCAGGCGGUACGUGUGAGCUUCAGUUCACCCUUGGUUGCCAUCUCGGGGGUGGCCCUCCGUUCCUUCGACAACUUUGACCCCGUCACCCUGAGCAGCUGCCAGAGAGGGGAGACCUACAGCUCUGCCGAGCAGAGCUGCGUGCACUUCGCAUGUGAGGCCGCUGACUGCCCGAAGCUGGCUGUGGAGAACGCUUCUCUCAACUGCUCCAGCAGUGACCGCUACCACGGUGCCCAGUGCACUGUGAGCUGCCGGACGGGCUACGUGCUCCAGAUACAACGGGAUGAUGAGCUGAUCAAAAGCCAGACAGGACCCAGUGUCACGGUGACCUGCACGGAGGGCAAGUGGAACAAGCAGGUGGUGUGUGAGCCAGUGGACUGCGGCGUCCCGGACCAGCACCACGUCUACGCUGCCUCGUUCUCCUGCCUUGAGGGCACCACGUUCGGCAGCACAUGCUCCUUCCAAUGCCGCCACCCAGCGCAGCUGAAAGGCAACAACAGUCUCCUGACCUGCAUGGAGGAUGGGCUGUGGUCCUUCCCAGAGGCCCUGUGCGAGCUCCUGUGCCUGGCCCCACCCCCAGUGCCCAACGCAGACCUCCAGACGGCCCGCUGCCGGGAGAACAAGCACAAGGUGGGCUCUUUCUGCAAGUACAAGUGCAGACCUGGAUACCACGUGCCCGGCUCCUCCCGGAAGUCAAAGAAACGGGCCUUCAAGACCCAGUGCACCCAAGAUGGCAGCUGGCAGGAGGGGGCUUGUGUUCCGGUGACUUGUGACCCUCCUCCACCGAAAUUCCACGGGCUCUACCAGUGCACUAAUGGCUUCCAGUUCAACAGCGAGUGCAGGGUCAAGUGUGAAGAUAGCGAUGCCACCCAGGGGCCCGGGAGCAACGUCAUCCACUGCCGGAAAGAUGGCACCUGGAGCGGCUCCUUCCGCGUCUGCCAGGAGAUGCAAGGCCAGUGCUCAGCCCCGGACCAGUUCGACAGCAAUCUGAAGCUGCAGUGCCCCGCGGGCUACGCCAUCGGGUCAGAGUGUGCCACCUCAUGCCUGGACCACAACAGCGAGUCCAUCAUCCUGCCAGUGAACGUGACCGUCCGUGACAUCCCCCACUGGAUGAACCCCACGCGGGUGGAGAGAGUUGUCUGCACAGCUGGUCUGAAGUGGUAUCCUCACCCUGCUCUGAUUCACUGUGUCAAAGGCUGUGAGCCCUUCAUGGGAGACAAUUACUGUGAUGCCAUCAACAACCGAGCUUUCUGCAACUAUGACGGUGGGGAUUGCUGCGCUUCUACGGUGAAAACCAAAAAGGUCACCCCCUUCCCUAUGUCUUGUGACCUACAGGGUGACUGUGCUUGUCGGGACCCCCAGGCCCAAGAACACAGCCGGAAAGACCUCCGAGGAUACAGCCAUGGCUAAGGAAGGACAAGGAGUUGUCAAAGAAUUCCCAGUGCCAGGACCCGCAUCCCUUUGGUAUUGAUUUCACAGUCAGCUGCUCAACGGAAUGGCCUCUCCACACCAGGGAUCCUUAGCACCCAACCGGUCUGCCUUUAAUUUCACCCAGG